UGGUUAUCCAGGAAGCAACAGUGCUGCAAUAUUUCAAUUGCCUUUUGCUAUUGGUAGACAUGAUGAACCCAAUCAAAGGAGAUCUCGAAGUUAUCUGGGAGUUUUUGGAAGAACAGAAUAGGUAUAAUACAGAAAAUGAAAAUGAAAAUAAUAGUGUUGGAAUCCAAUACAAUGAGUGGCACACCAGUCCCCUACCAGCAUACUCAACAUUGACCAUUCCAGAACACUUCGUCAGUGAGAAGUGCGGAGAGAACCUGUGUUCCUAUCCAGAAAGGCCUGGAGACUCCCAUGACCAUCACAUGAAUGAUUCUCUGUCUGCGGACUUGAAGAUCAAAUGCUAUGACAUCAACUUUGAAAAGAAGAAAAAGAUCCGGCUGUUUCAGUUCCUCUUUGAGAUGCUGGAGGACCCCAGGAUGACGCACUGCAUCUCAUGGGUACAGCCUCCCAGUGGCAUGUUCCAGUUCUCGUCCCAGAACAAGGACAAGUUUGCAGAGAUGUGGGGUGUGAGAAAAGGCAACAGGAAAACUAUGACCUACCAGAAGAUGUCCAGAGCCCUGAGGAACUAUGCCAGAACUGGAGAGAUUACCAAAGUGAAAAGGAAACUCACAUACCAGUUCAAUUUACUCAUCCUAAAAUCAUUAAGAAGAGACUCGAGAAUUAUUUGAAUGGGACUAAAACUUUAAAGGUGACUUAUCUGAUACGAGUGUAGCACCCGGGAAGGGCACUCGUUCUUUCCAAUUGUGGUGGAAUCAGUCAGGCAGAAUACGAGAAGGAAAUAAACUAAGACCACAACAAUAUGCAGGGCAAUGAACAUUGUUUUAUUAAAUACAGGUAGUCAACUAUAUUUAACAAAUAGGACAAGUCUAGAAUACACAGUCAUGGCAUGGGGUUUGCACUGUUCAAUAAAAACAAUACAUGUUAAUUAUAAUUCAAAACAAGUGCAGUGCUGCUCAAGACAAUCAUGGAGACGGUGCUUACUAAAAACAACAAUAAAACCAAUACUUUAAAACUCCCUGCACUCCUCCAAAAUCCCCAAUGACUUUUAAAAAUACAAAAUCUAAAACAGUUACACACACAUGGAGGGAAACAGGAAGCACAGCAGGAGCCUUGCUCUAAAUGUUCAUUUUUCUCCCCAACCCACCGCCGAACACAAACAAGUUGAAUUCCUUCUUUGCUCCUGCUGGCUGUGCGUCCAACCUCCACUUCAGAUAAACCCGGGUUCACAUCACAACGACAAAAUCCAGUCUCUUGAAAGGAACUUUUAUACCAGGUGCUCAGCUUCUUCAAAUUAUUCAAUUAGCACCUAUGGGGGCUGAGAACAGGAAAGCAUCAA